CUUUAUAACCCCAUCCUCUCCUCUUCCUUAACCUCGCCAACUUCCCCUUCCUCUCUCUCUCUCUCUCUCUCUCUCUCUCUCUCUGCUUGCUUCCUGCAAAUGUCUCAAGUCCUCAUAAAGUCUCCUAAACACUGCGCCAAGCAAGGACUGAACAUCGACCAGCAUCACAAGAAGCUAUUCUUCUUCUUCUCCUCGUUAUUCACCUCGAUUCUCUCACUUAUAUUAGUCAUCUGGCUCAUCUUACGCCCCUCAAAGCCUGACUUUUCCCUAAGAGAAGCUGACAUCUACCAGCUCAACCUCUCAGGCUCUCACCUUCUCAACUCCUCCCUCCAACUCACCCUCCUUUCCAAGAACCCUAACCAGAAAGUUGGCAUUUACUACGAUGAGCUUCAAGUUUAUGCCGAUUACAAGGGACAACGGAUAACAACCAAUACCUCUCUUCCUCCUUUCUACCAAGGACAUCAAGACAGUAAUCUGUUAACAGCUUCUUUGAUAGGAACGUGGCUUCCUGUGGCUCCAUCUUUUGGCUAUGAAGUUGGACGUGAUCAAACCGCCGGAAAACUAGUUCUGAGCCUGAAGGUGAACGGCCGGCUUCGGUGGAAAGUGGGGACUUGGGUUUCCGGAAAGUACCGGUUCAAUGUGAAUUGUGUUGCAGUUAUGGCUUUACCAGCCAUCCCAACAGGUCCCUUAACUUCAAAGCAGGGUUCUCACUGUGCUACUACGGUUUGAAUCUGCAAAAAAUUCGACUACAGUGAGUUGUGCUGCCUCUGUUUUUGGGUUUGUAUUGGGCUUGCUUUUAACCUAGUUUGCUGCUUAAUUCUAAGCUUUGUACAUUGAUUAUGAUGGACAUGAUUGAAAGUUAUAUGAUUAUAAGGAUGAUUGAAAGAAUGAAGAUUUAUUAUAAGCUUGUUUGGGUAUAUUAAUUAUCAUUGUAAGGAGGAUUGAAAGAAUGAAAAUUAAGCUUGUUUGGGAUGUUAA